UCGAGAUUGCAAGGGAAGUGGUUAUGAGGGGUGAAAAUCAAUAAAAAUUCAGAACAGCAAAUAACAAAGGAGUUUGUAACAACAAAAAUUGCGUUUUCUCCUAAAGUUAAGUGUUUUCCCGUGAAUGGUUAUGUUGUAAGAUUGCUCAGUUUGGUGUUGAAUUAGGUAACCAUUUGAUUCUGGGAAGCCACCGUUAGUUUGCUUCCUUGAUCUUCCUCCGAUCAAUCCACGAAAGUCUAAAGAUGAAUAUCAAAAUGCCGGAUUUUGAUGUGAAAAAGUUCGUGAAAGGCGCGGGAUCCACGCUCUCCCGAGUAGUACAGCUCACGGAAGAGAAACUCGGAACGUCGGAGAAAACCGAAAUGGAUGCCCGAUUUGAACACUUGAGCGAGCGGUCGGAUUCUGCUAAACUGUGGACGGAGAAAAUAGUACGAGACACAGAAGCGGCAAUUGUGCCGAAUCCGGCAAAUCGAGUAGAGGAUUUCAUUUUCGAGAAAAUAGAAAAGCAGAAACCCAAACGACUCAGCAACCUUGAGUACCUGGGCCUGGACAUGAUCGAGGCUGGCGGGGAGUUCGGCCAAGACGGUCCAUACGGCAGUGCUUUGAUCAAGGUUGGACAAGCGCAGCAGAAACUCGGUUCUUGUGAGCGUGACUUCAUUGGUUCAGCCGGAAUGUGCUUUAUUCAGCCGCUUAAAAAGUUCCUCGAUGGCGAAAUGAAAACCAUCACCAAGGAGAAAGGCAUCCUGGAAAGCAAGCGACUCGAUCUUGAUGCCUGCAAAAACCGCGCUCGGAAAGCUCGAAGCAUGAUCGGACAGCAAACGAAGGAUGGAAUAUCGCCAGAAGUGGCAUUAGAACAGGCGGAACGCGACCUUCGGGUAGCACAGUCCGAGUUCGAUAGACAGGCGGAAAUCACCAAACUGCUGCUGGAAGGAAUCAGCACCACCCAAGCAACACACUUGCGCCACCUUCAUUCACUAGUCGAGGCACAGGUUCGCUACUAUGGCCAGUGCAACAAAAUUAUGUCCGAUUUGCAACGAGAAUUGGUUAGUUUGGGUGGCCCUCAACCGUAUGUACCAGUUGCGGGAUAUGAAGAAGAGGAUACCUUAACUAAUCGAAUGAACAACAUCGAGCUGGGAGUCAACGCCGGUUAUCACCGGGCACGUGUACUCUGUUCGUACGAUGCUAAGGACGGUACCGAACUGAAUCUCACAUCUAAUGAGGUGAUCUUUGUCUGUGAAUGCAAUCCGCCGAACAGUGACUACAUGAACGGCAAGCAAGGUUUGCUCAAAGGAUUGGUACCCAAGGCGUUCCUUGAAAUGUUGGAUGAUGAAUAGGAAGGGGCGAUUGGCUGGCGCCAAUCUUUUGUUAGAUAAAUGGUGAAUCAAUGAUUCGCUUUGCACCAAAAUUUGCCAGGAUAUAAAUAUUAAACAUUACUUGUAUGGUUACAUUAAUAUAGUAAGCUGUUGCAAAGACGUUCACGAAUGCCGUGAGUCGAAAAAGCGUUUAAACACUUCUAGCAAACAAUUGUCGUACACACGGUUCAGCCAUGAGUAACGGUAAUCUUUCAUCCAUAAUGCCACAAGUUUCUCUAAUUAUAGCUAAACAUGGCCAGGAUUCUUUCGUAUCUGAUGUUUAACCGUGUGAAGUUAUAUUAGUUGCGCGAUAUUAGAAACCGCCAUCGUAUGGCGAUUAACUCCGUUACAAGACGCUUUUUGCCUGCAUGUUGCUCACAUCGAAAGGCCUUUUUGGGCUGUUACUCCAAUAGUUUCUUCGAUUUAGCGCAAUGUAUUGACAUAUACUCCGAAUCUAGUGAGGAACAGAGAAUCUCAUCUACUCGGUCCAACCAAUUUUGUGAGUGGCCGCACUAUGGAUUUCGUUAAGUUUCGUAUGCUUGCAGAAAAGUAAUUAUUCGUUUCGCUCCAUAGAUGUUAGGGGGCACAUAAAUUACCGAUGCACUUGUUACGGUCAAUUAACCAAAUGUUUAGAAACGUACUGCAAUCUACGCAUAGGUCACAUCAGCUACGAUUGCUUUCCGGAAGAAGGUAGUACGAGUGAGAAAAUGUUUUCAUUACAAAAAAAAAUAAACAAAAUACUGUUGCACACAUUUACUCAGCUCCAGUUAGAUAUUUACCCUAAACGAUAAAUAUGAUUAAAAAGUUCACAAAUCCCCUUAACUCAACAUUCCUUACAAGGCGAAGGCGGAAGCGACCUUUCCUCUACGAUAAUUCGUUCCAUGUACGUAUCCCGUUUUGAAAAGUUAACAUUAGUUAUGCUUAUAUCGCUGAAUAGCUUCAAACAGUGCAAAAACGUCCUUAGACUCUCUACACGAUGGUAAAUUCGCUAUGCAAAAAUUGUCUUCUAAAAUGGAUCUUCUUUGUUUUUUGGUUCCGCCACAGAGCAGAACAUUUCCCACGAAAUUACAUAAAAUCUACCACUACUAAUAAACAAUUACUUGCAAUAACUGAUAUGAUACUUAACGUGCAAUUCUAGAACGUAUAACCACGCGGAAUCUAUUCAUAAUGCAAACCAAGUGUUGUUGAAAAUAAUCUCAACAGAACAAAAUGGAUGAGAACAUCCCCAACGAAAGGCUAAUAAACUAAAACAUGUCAUUGACCAGCUGAAGGUUUAUGCGAGUUAACAUCAUCCGGAACCGGAUAAAUUGAAAACUAGCAGAGCAGUGAAAUGAUUCUUGUGUAGUA